AUGGAAAGCUUCUACUUCAAGCUGUCCUUGCUCGGCAUUCUUAUUCCUUGUGUUCUCCUUGCUACUUCAAUAAUUGCCGAGGAGUUGACAACGACCGGCGAUGACGAGCUUCGCACGUUCAUCGUCCACGUACAGCCGCAGGAGGAGCACGUGCUCGCCACGCCAGACGACCGGACGGCGUGGUACAGGUCGUUCCUCCCGGAGGACGAUCGGCUUGUCCACGCCUACCACCACGUCGCCAGCGGCUUUGCCGCCCGGCUCACGCAGCGGGAGCUCGACGUGCUGUCCCGCACGCCAGGCUUCCUCGCGGCGCAGCCGAACGUGGCUUAUCAGCUGCUGACGACGCACACGCCUCGGUUCCUCGGGCUGGACGUGCCACAGGAGGGCGUGAGCGCCAUAAACCACACUGCUUCUGGGUUUGGGGACGGCGUGAUCGACAGCGGUGUCUUUCCUUACCACCCAUCGUACAGCGGCGACGGCAUGCCGCCGCCGCCGGCAAAGUGGAAGGGGCGCUGCGACUUCAACGGCUCGGCGUGCAACAACAAGCUCAUAGGCGCGCGGUCUUUCGAGUCCGACCCCUCACCGCUCGACAACAACGGCCACGGCACGCACACGUCGAGCAUCGCGGCGGGGGCGGUCGUUCACGGAGCCCAGGUCCUCGGCCAGGGCCGCGGCACCGCUUCAGGGAUAGCUCCCCGCGCUCACGUUGCUAUGUACAAGGUGUGCGGUGACGAGUGCACCGAGGCUGACAUGCUUGCCGGCAUCGACGCGGCUGUGGGCGAUGGCUGUGACAUCCUCACCAUAUCCCUCGCCAUCAGGGCGGCCAUGCCGUACUAUCAAAACAGCCUCGCCAUUGGCACGUUUGGCGCCGUUGAGAAGGGUGUCUUCGUCAGCAUUGGAGCCGGCAACAACGGUCCAAAUGCCAGCACGAUGUCCAACGACGCGCCGUGGAUGCUCACCGUCGCGGCGAGCACCGUGGACCGUUUGAUCGGUGCCCAGGUGCGUCUCGGCAACGGCCUCUCGUUUGACGGAGAGUCGGUGUACCAGCCAGAAAUCUCGGCGGCCGUCUUCUCCCCGUUGGUCUACGCGGGAGCCAGCUCGAUAGCCGACGCGCAGUUCUGCGGCAACGGCUCAUUGAACGGCUUCGACGUCAAGGGCAAGAUCGUGCUCUGUGACGAAGGCAAUGGCGUCCGGAGGGUUGACAAAGGUGCCGAGGUGAAACGAGCAGGAGGCAUCGGCAUGAUCAUGACCAAUGUGUUCACCGAAGGUUACAACACACUCGCCGACGCCCACGUCCUCCCGGCUUCGCAUGUAAGCUACGCUGCAGGAGUCGCCAUCAAGAAGUACAUCAACUCCACGGCGAACCCGACGGCGCAGAUCUUCUUUCGGGGCACGGUUCUCGGCACGUCGCCGGCCCCAGCUAUGGCUUUCUUCUCCUCACGCGGGCCCAGCCUCUACAAUCCCGGCAUUUUGAAACCAGACAUCACGGGCCCCGGCGUGAGCAUACUUGCAGCAUGGCCGUUCCAGGUCGGCCCUCCGUCGUCGUCUCCGCUGAAUCCCGGACCGACCUUCAACUUUGCAUCUGGGACGUCCAUGUCAACUCCGCACCUCGGUGGCGUCGCGGCGCUGAUCAAGAGCAAGCACCCGGACUGGUCACCGGCGGCGAUCAGGUCUGCUAUCGUGACAACCGCCGAAACCCAUCGACCGCUCCGGGAACCCGAUACUAAACGAGCAACAUCUCCCGGGCGACUUCUACUCAACGGGCCUGGUCUACGACAUCGCCCCCGCCGACUACGUCGGCUUUCUCUACAGUGUCUACGCGAGCCGAGACGUGGAAUUCCACGGCUGGCCCGGUGGUGGUUAGACGCACGGUGA